UAGUGAAAGCAAGAUGGAACGUUCCAGUGCAGUCUAGUGCAGGAAUAGAAAACAAGCCUCAUGUCUACUUCCACCAUGCAUUGAACUAUACUCUAACUGGAAUGGGCACUGCCAUAUAACGUCCGUAGGCGAUAACAGCUGAUCGUGGAGGGCAGGACUCGCAGAAGUCGAGAUCGUCAAGAUUAUUUCACACACGUACACACACACACACACACAUAUGUCACUAUAAUAUACAUUUACGUGUAUGCAUAUGUAUAUGUAAUAACUGAAUAGAAUUUUUGUCAAUAAAAUUCGCGUUUAUAUCAAAUGCAAAAAUAUGCUGAAGCCAAAAGCGCUCACACAAGUUCUUAGUCAGGCGAAUACCGGAGGCGUGGAAAAUACCUUAUUGCUCAACAGAGAUGGUGGAUUAUUAGCGUAUAGUGGUUACGGAGAUAAAGAUGCUAGAGUCACAGCUGCCAUCACAAGUAACAUUUGGACAGCUUAUGAGAAGAAUGGACGAAACGCCUUUAAGGAAGACGAACUGCAAUUUGUUCUCAUGGAUUGUAUGGAAGGAAAGGUUGUUAUCACGGAGGUAGCGAAUUUGCUCCUGUGUUUAUACGCAAAGGAAAGUGUGGGAUUUGGAUUACUGCGCGAAAAAGCGCAGGCGUUGGCCCAAUAUCUUGAUCAACCAUUAAAAACGAUAGCAAACAUGCCUUGAAUGGACUCACAAUCAAUUUGCUUUCAGGAAAGUCUGUUCUACUUGAAAGAUUAUGAAUUUACCUUACAAUAUUAUUUAUUGUUUAUAAGAAUUUAUAAGUUAUAUGUGUAUAAAUAUAUUUUUUAUUAAUCUAAAAUAUAUCAACGUACAUGUGUUUCUAUUUUUAAUAUGUGUAUUAUACGCAUAUCUAAAUGCUAUAAAAUAAACUUAUAGACAGUGUUUGCUGUUAUCUAUAUAAAA